AUGGGAGUAUCACAAAUUCAAGCUUCGUUCCAAAACGAUGGGAAUUUCUCCCAGCUGGACCUUCAGGACAUCCAGGAGCCUAGCAGUCCAAUCAUGCGCAUUGAAACAUUUAGAUGCAGUCAACCGCAGGGAGAGUUUGGAAUAACAAGUGCAGGGACUGAUGUUGUCUCCCUAGCUGGGAAGGACCAUUUACUUCCAACAAGCAAUAAAACAUUCCGCCACGUAUUCUCUUAUGGCGCUCCUCAGGACCUAAAAGCACUCCUUGAAAUGCGGGAAACUUUUGAAGAAGACGGUGCUUUUGAAGUGAAAAUGCGAGAUAUUGACGGACGGAGCACCUCAUUCGGCUCUACUCUUGUCGCCUCCGCAAAGCCUAAAACUACUGGAGUUGCGGUGAACUACAAGUUUUUAGCGCCGCGGGAGACUUUACCAAAGAAAGUGAUCAAAUCUCCUCUUGAAGGACCUCUGACUGUUCAAAUAAAUACUUUGGUUGAUAUUGCCGAUGUCGAUGACAAUAACACGAUCCCGACAAGCCGAACCAUAGCAGUGGAUUUGAUACCUAAGGGUGAUACAUCAGCUGCAAUAGCCGAACUCAGCACAUUCUCAUCGGCGAUCCAGCAAGAGUAUCCGCAAUGGACAGAGAAUAUGAAAUUAUUUACCACGAUGGGGGAUUUCCGCGACAAGACCAUACACCCUGGACAAAAUCUAGCCACCAGAAACAGCCGUGCCGCUGAUUAUAUGAUGAUUCGCCCUUACCGCGUGUCACUCAUCAUGGCUGGACGGCUAUUUGAUUCUGCAAUGAGUGCUGGAGCAAACCAAAUCAAUUCACGAGACCCUCUUGCGCUUGACGCCAAACCGGGUGUUUACAAUGUGUUUCUGUCCGCCUUUGCCUCGAAUAUUGGACUUUACCAGCUUGCUAUUGACAAAGCACAUAGCGAUUAUGGUGGAGUACCAAUGGCACUCAAACCAGGAAGCCGGCUUGAGAACGGUAGCCAUCCUGUUAUAGAUGCGACGAACCUCAACCGAAACUUAGCACUAAUUUCAGCUAUAUAUUUUGCUCCGGAUGCCCUUCCUCCAAUCUUGGCGUCGCGACCUAGUAUCUCAGUGUUUCCGAUCCCGCCUGAAAUGCCUUUGUUCGCAUCUAGGGCUUGA